AUGCCCGUGUAUUGUGAGUAUCUGCAUCAAAUUUGUUCUGUCUGCCCUCCAGGAAAGGUCUUGUGUGCCAUCUGCAAUAAACGCUGCCGAGGUACAGUGCUCAAAAUCGAGGAUCACUACCUCCACAAGCUCUGCUUCAAGUGCCACAGGUGUGGAAAAGCCCUGGAUGAAAAGAACUUCCAAUUUCGUGAUCAAUGUCUCUACUGCCCUGAGGACUAUCGACAGGAAUAUUCCACCAAAUGUGCUGCAUGUGGCAAUCCUGUGGAGGGUGAAGUUGUCACAGCUUUGGGAAGUACCUUCCAUACUUUCUGCCUUCGUUGCUUCUCUUGCAAUCGAACAAUAUCAUCGGGUGAGAAGACGGUGACUUUAAACAACCGUUUCUACUGUGAGAAAUGUGUUCCCCCUCGAAUUGCACAAGAAGAUAGUACCGGAGUGGAAGAGGUCACCUCAAAUCCCCCUGAGAAUUUGCUCUCCUCCUCCUCCACCCCUCCCCCACAAGACCUUUUAGUUGAGCCUCGAGAAAAGUCCCCGCCGAAGGUGAAGAUUCCCAAGAGUUCCUCUCUGCCGCGUCGAUUGGGUGACUUAUUCCGUUCUAAGAAGUCACGCUCACAAACUCUUCAAUCCACUGCUCCCUCAACCCUGGUGGAAGAAUCGACUUUGAAGAAUACCACACUGACAAAUGGAACCGAUGCUUUGACUGUAAAUGUUGGAGAGACGGAUAUGGCCAGUACAGAUUCCGGAAUCGGGAAGAAAUUUGAUCAUAGCCAAAGCCCGACCUACAGCCUAUACUCUGGAGAUGAGACUGUUCUCGCCAAGCAACAAGAUGUGCAAACCACGCCAAUGGAAGGCUACCCGGUGACGUACAGCACAAGCGGUACCCCUGCAGUGCCUUAUUCCCUCGACGCUGCAUUAACCACACCUUCUAUUGUGAACACCCUCUCUGGUGACGCCUCCACACUCCUCUUCGGAUCCGUGCGACGAAUCUGCCCACCUGGUGUUGACUAUGGACACCAGUACCCUGUCUCCUACCUUCGUCUAGCUGAACAGGGCUACACUGCUGUUACCAGCUCUGAUCUUCUCAGUUCUAUCAGUCCUCUUUCUGCCACCACUACCCCCGCUUUUAUUCGUCGUCCACCACCCUCGGCUAGUGCAUCUUCCACUCAGCGUCUCUCUCGUCGAGAUAUGCCUUCCACUCACCACUCACAAACUCGCACCUUGCCAACCAGUUCCGCGGAUUCAACGUCACGACAAGGUGGAGGGUUUAUGGAUCACCGCUACUGUGCACAGGUCUUCGGUGAGGUUGAUGGUGCCAGACCCGAAAAGGAUCGUUACACACGAUAUCGACAGCUAUCUCCUGCCGGAAGUUUAAUGGGACGAGCGCUCAGCUCGGGUCGAAGUGUUGGUGCACCUCCCAACUUCAUUGUUCGCAAGUCACCUGAAUCAAUGAUGCGAUCACCACCACGCGUGGGCAGAUCCGUGAGUCCGGAGGCCGCUGUCUUGGCUCAAGCCGAGGCCAGACGCUUGGCUGCCUAUCCGGGUGCCAAAAUUCCUGACGCCGACAGUGAACCCGCUAUUGACCGAUACGAUUGGCCGGCGCCACCGUCUCCUGCGGUUGUUAUGAUUGAUCGAACUGUAGUCAUUCUCAGAUCUAGAGACCAUCUGAUAUCUUCUUGCGAUACAGUUUAUUGA